AACACCAAGACACUGCCAAACAUCCACCCACUCCACGAUACAGAACAACACGCUUUGGGGGGUGACAUCCGCAUCGAGAGGUGAAGCCAAGAAAAUGGGCCACGAAAUCAACCAAUCAGGCGAUUUGAGCGCAAUCCUGCCUCCACUCGAGGACUACACCAGGCAGAUCCGACUCCUCAAGGUUGACCCCGCAGCCUUCGGACAGGCUAUACGCUGUACUACCGUCAUCCACGAACUCGACAAAGCGCCCAGCUUCAAUGCGAUAUCCUAUACUUGGGGUCCUGAGUAUCCACAGCGCGAUAUCUUUAUCGACGGACUGCGAUUUGCGGUUCGAGAGAAUUGCCACUAUGCUAUACAGCAAGCACGCAGCUACCAAGGAUCAUCGUUAAUCUGGGUUGACUCGGUAUGCAUCGAUCAAGGCAAUCUGCACGAGAAGAGCGCACAGGUGGCUAUCAUGGGCGAAAUAUAUGCGUGCGCAGCAACUGUGCUUGCGUGUAUCGGAGAGAGUGACCUGCACAGCGAACUCGUCACCAGCAUAUUUGAUGGAAGCGUGGAUCUCGCCGCGGCCGAAGCUUCAAGCAAAGUUGACAAGGAAUUACAAUUUCGACUACAACGCCAGGCGCGCAACUACCUUCAGCCCAAUGGUCGUGAUGUGGCAACUGGGUUUAUUGAAUUCUGCAGGAGGCCGUACUUCCAUCGCCUAUGGAUUGUGCAAGAGCUAUUCCUAGGACGACAUCGAGCGGUGCUCCUCUGUGGCCAGGAGACAAUGUCUUGGUAUCACCUCAUGCUCUGUGUGGCAGCAAUACACCACCGCGAUAACCCCCAGACGAGGAGUCUUGUGCGACUCAGGGAUAUGAUACACGACUCACAUGUCCGGUACAAGUUGCCUAAUCUGCUCGAGAAUUCCGCCGAUCUGCUUUGCGCGGACCCGCGAGAUCGCAUAUACGGUGUGCUGCAGCUGGUCGACUGGGCGGGCACUGGUCGGUCUCGGCCUGUUCCAGAUUACAGUCUCUCUAGCAUCCAGAUUGCGCUCAAUCUGCUGGAUGGUGGCCACUUCAAUAGCAUCCGGGAGGUCAAAUAUCUGUCAAACGCGCUGGCCAUAACCGAGGCGGACAUCGUGAACACGAAACACGAGCUGCUGGCGGGUCUACACAAAGUCCAGCAAUGGGACGCCAAGGUGCACGAUAUAUCCCUGAUUCAGCUACGCGACGACGGGCAACUUUACGCUGAACACGGCAGGGGCGACUCCGCAAUGGCAGGGAAACCAAUGCCGAGCGAAACAGAUAUCGGUGACUUCUUUGAUGGCGAAAAGACCAUCGAGAUUCUCGGCCCGACUGGCACAGUGGCCGUUGUUUGUGCAGCAGCGAGGCCCGGUGAUCUUCUUGUCGAGACGGCAUAUUUUGACGCAGUCCUCAGGCCUUGUGACCAGCUGGACUUAUACCGGGUCAUUGGCAAGGCAGUGGUGGUGCCAAAACAGUCCGGCACCAAGGUCAGUUUGGCCUGUUCUUGUAGGAGCUUACACGAACAUAGCCACUCGGCUAUCAAGGCCGACGAAUUGCGUUCCAUAAUCCAUCUGCGUUUCGAAACCAGCGUGCGAAACGCGCUUCUUGAAGCUAUAUCCAGAGAGACAUCAAGGACGAAACGCUACAAAGAGCAUAGGCUCGAGGCCAAAUCGAUGUCGCUGGUACAAAUGAAGCACUUGGACAUCUUGAAGCGAGGCUCUGUGGUGCGGGAUGUGAAUAUUACCAGGUUUACGAAAUCUUUCAGACAAGGUUGGUGGCUUCCUCUGCCAGCACCGGCUUGUAAGGACCAUCGCAUGAGUAUGACAACUUACAAGGAGGCGGCAAAGCGAGGUCCGCUCUACUUCUGCGCUGUUUCUGGUGGUGGAAGGACAGUCGAGGUAUUCGUUCCUGGUCGAGAACGAUUUGACAAUACUCCUUGAUUCGGAGCAAGACAACUCUCAAUCUAUCCUGCGGGCGGGCAAUGAGGGCGAAAACACAGAGACCAAAUGUGUUGUACCUGCUUGCAAAUGCGUAGGAGAUGGCACACGAC